AUUUUCUCAAUUUCUCUCUCUAAUUCCAACUGCUCUUCGUUUUCAAAACCCUCCGGGUACCGUCUCCGAUUCCCUACGCUCUCUCUCAGAGUUGAGGAUUUUCAAUGUCGUUUUUCACGAAUCACAAUCCGAACAAUUCCUUUGAGGUUGCUCAGCCUCCAACCGAUUCCGUUUCAAGCCUCAGUUUCAGUCCUAAAUCGAACCUUCUGGUCUCUACUUCCUGGGACAAUCAGGUGCGGUGCUGGGAUGUUCAAAAAAUUGGAACAAGUAUUGCUGCUACACCCAAGAGCUCCUAUUCGCAUGACCAGCCGGUUUUGUGCUCAAUGUGGAAGGAUGAUGGGAUGGCUGUGUUCUCUGGAGGUUGUGACAGGCAAGUUAAGAUGUGGUCUUUAAUGUCUGGAGGCCAACCGACUACUGUUGCUAUGCAUGAUGCACCCAUAAAAGAGAUUGCUUGGAUACCCGAGCUUGCGCUUUUAGUCGCAGGAAGCUGGGACAAGACUUUGAAGUAUUGGGAUUUGAGGCAGCCAAAUCCGGUGCAUACCCAACUACUUCCCGAACGCUGUUAUGCACUAACAGUGAAAUAUCCUCUGAUGGUUGUGGGAACAGCAGACAGAAAUCUGAUCAUGUUUAACUUGCAGAAUCCAAAGACUGAAUUCAAGAGAAUCAUUUCACCCCUUAAGUAUCAGACAAGGUGUGUUGCUGCAUUUCCUGAUCAGCAAGGUUUCUUGGUUGGUUCUAUUGAAGGGAGGGUUGGAGUGCAGCAUCUAAAUGAAGGACAGGAAAGUAAAAACUUUACCUUCAAAUGCCACAGAGAAAACAAUGUUAUUUACUCAGUCAACUCUAUAAACUUCCAUCCUGUGUAUCACACAUUUGCUACAGCUGGGUCUGAUGGUUCUAUCAGUUUUUGGGAUAAGGACAGCAAACAGAGACUCAAGGCCAUGUCAAAGUGCAAUCAACCCAUUCCUUGCAGUACUUUCAACAAUGAUGGUUCCAUAUUUGCAUACUCCGUUUGCUAUGACUGGCACAAGGGUGCAGGAAAUCAUAAUCCUUCUACUGCAAAGACAUCGAUUUUCCUCCACUUGCCACAGGAUGCUGAUGUAAAACCCAAGCCAAAACCUGCUGGAAGAAGGUGAAGCUGGUUUUGAACAACCUGAAAGUGGAUGCAAUCUUAUGACCUCUUUUUGUAUAUGUGAAAACAUCUUAGUAGUUGCUAAUACCAGUAAUACGUGAUCAUGGCUAAUCAAGACUAGACUAUCCCCGCCCUCCUUCGAGUAGUCGAUUUGGUACAAAGGUCCCUCUUCUCCUGUUUCAAAUCUCCUUUAAUCCUCAUCAAGCCGACCCCCAUUGGUUUGUUUGCUAAAUACUAGGCCUGGCUAGGGUGCAAGCCAAAUGUGAAUGACACUAAUUGUAGAAUAUGCUAGAACCUUUGAUAUUUUGUCCCUGCUAUUCUACUAGAGUUAUCUGUAACUGACCUUGUUCUACUGCCAUAUUAAUUCUCACUACCCUGGUCGCUAAGGCGUUUGUGGGUCAUACAUAAUACAAGUACUAUUGUACAGAAUUGGGUUGAUAGCUGCCUUAAACAAACUCAUUGAUUAUAGGAGCAUGGGCGUUGUUCCAAGUCCCCACUCCUAGCAUUCUAUCAUUUCUAUGCAUCUUUGCACUUUAAUUCUGAUUGU